AUGAAGAACUUCCGUUUUGCUGCUCCCAUGAAGCUCCCCCCGGGCUUCAUCAACACCAGAAUCCUCAGAGACAACUUCAAGCGCCAGCAGAGCGCCGAACACGAGGUCUUGAUUCGAGCCUUGAAGUACAUUGCUCGAAACACCACUCUUCCUCCCAGAGCUAGGUUGGAGGCCCAGUUGCAGCUCACCUCUAUGCCCCACUACACCAGAAUCACCUCCUGCAAAGAUCGUUGCUUUGUCUCAGGAACCUCCAGAAGUGUCCUCAAACACUUCCACAUCAACAGAAUCCAAUUCAGGGAAAUGGCCUUGGGUGGGUUAUUGCCUGGAGUCCGCAAGGCUGCCUGGUGA